UCCAUUUUGCAAGCGACGCACUUCGAUGAAAUAUCAUAAAAAAUCAAGCCAAAAUGAGCAUAAAAAUUGAGAUAAAUCCGUUAAUGUGUCGUCUUUGUUUCAAGGACAAUGUGAACUUGCAGUGCACAGUGGAAAGUUGCCAAGAACUCGUGCAAAGUAUAGCACAAAUUCAGUUGCAGCAAAAUGAGCACCUUCCCAAUCAGGUCUGCAAGGGUUGCUUCAACAUGUUGGAAGUGGGAAACGAAAUAAGAAAAAGAUGUCUGGAAAGCGUAACAUUGUUCAGUGAUUUACUAAAUGAGAAAAUUAACUUGGACGAGGGUCAAACGAACGAAGACGAAGCUGAUGAACAAGAAAUAAUAUAUGAGCUUAAAGUGCCCGGCGGUGAAGUUGUGUGUUGCAUGUGCAGCAUAUUUUUGGACGACGUAAAUGCUCUCAUUGAACAUCGGUCUAACGUUCACAAGUGGGAAUACAUGAAACACGAGCCGGAUGUAGAAAAUGAAAGAUGCCUGUCCUGCAUGAAAUUAUUCGAAAAUGUAACAGACAAGGCGGCACACCGAACGUGCCAAGAAUGCUUAGAGACAUUCUUCAGUGACGAAGAGCUGGUGCAACAUCAAGAGGAAGUCCAUCUAGAUCAAAUGGAUACGGAAUAUCUGGACAAUGAAUAUGUUUAUAUAGAAGAUCCGUCAAACGACCUGGAAAUCAAGGGAAGUACGGAGGUCAUUCUUAAAGUUGAAACCCAGCAAAUCGGUUUUGAUCCCACUCAACCAAGGAAAAAGCGCGUGUAUGAAAAAUCGGCGAUCACAAUUGAACGUGAAAAGAAUCGAGAGCGUAAACGUAAAGCCAAAUAUGGUUGUUGUAAGUGUCCCAUAGAGUCCAAUACCAAAGCCGAGAUAAAGGAACAUUUCAGUUUGAAGCAUCCUGAAGCGGUGAAUGACGCGGAAUGUUGGGGUCAUGCCUGUUUCCUCUGUAAUACAUCCUUCGAAAACAGACAAGAUAUGUUAAAACACAUUAAUGCGCCACGUACAGAAGAGUAUGCUUGUGACAUUGAAGGGUGCAACGAGGUUUUCCCUUCGCAAUUCCAACUUCGGAAGCAUUUCGAUACACAACAUGUUGGCCAACACAUUUUCGAGUGUGACCAAUGUGAUAAGGUUUAUCACAGACAAAUGAGUUUGAACCAUCAUAAAUACAUUAUGCACGAUAUUCGCUCAAACUUUUAUUGCGAUAAGUGCGACAAAACUUUCCAUCGUAAGGCUUUCUGGAAGGAACACAUGAAUUCUCAUUAUGGAAUAAAGACCUAUCAAUGUCCACAUUGCGAGUCGGCAUUUGCAAGGAGAACUGGUUUACAAGCGCAUUUAAGAAAACAUACGGGAGAGAAACCGUAUCAAUGCACUGAUUGUGAGAAGCGUUACAGCCACUUUACUGAUUUGAAGCGACACAGAUACACACACACCGGCGAGUAUCCAUUCGUUUGUUCUCAUUGCGAUAAAGGUUUCGCCAAGAAAUCUGCCUAUGAAACGCACAUAAAAAAUCAUAACAAAAAAAAUCCUUUAAUUCUAACGAAAAUUGAGAUGGAAGAAACAUGGAAGAUGAAAGAUGAUGAGACGGAAGAUGAAAGAAAUGGAGUAAAAAUGGAGUAAAUAUCUUAUAAAAAGGCAUAAUUGUUAAAAUGAAUAUAUAAAAUAAUAAAUAAAAAGAUAGUUCGUAGAUUAAUAAAAAAUUUUAA